GUUCGCACCUUGACUUUACGUCGCCGCGAAGCAGAAACAACAGAAACAAGGUUGUUCUGACACUUCGGUCCCUGUUCGCUCUCCGUACCGUCCCGAGUGUGUCCCAUGUCUGUGAAGAGCGGACACCCUCAUCGCGUGUAGCUCCGUAGCGGACAGUGGCAUCAUGGCGUCUGGAGGCCCCGUGAUGAACGGCGACAUCUCUCGCUCCCCCAGUCAGUCGGGCGCGCUGGAAGAUACGCUGCAGCAGAUGAACAUCCUCAUCCAGGAGAACAGGGACCUUAAAGAGGCCCUGCGGCAGACCAACGUGACGAUGAAGGAGCGCUUCGAGGGUCUGUCCGUGUGGCGGGAGAAGCAGCGGGAGGAGAGGGACUUCCUGGAGAGUCGGCUGGAAGAGGCCCGCGGCCGCAUGGAGGCGCUGACCCGCCACAAUCAGGAGCUGAGCAGGAGGUUUGAGGAGGGGUGGAGGCCAGGAGGAGCUCCAGGAGGAAAGCAGAGUGCGGAGGUGGAGGCCCUGCGUGCCCAGGUGGCUCGCCUGCAGGCGGAGAAGAACGACUUGGUGGCCAUGAACUCUGAGCUGCAGCUGGAGGCGGACGACGACUCGCGGGACGACUCCUUCAUUGAGGUCAUCCGGGUCUCGGACGGAGGCGUCGAUGGUGUGAACGACGCGUGCGGCACAGAGCGCAGCACACGGCUGGACCUGAGCAUGACGGCGUCACGGCUGGACAGCAAGGAGGUGACGGUGAGCCACCUGCUCCAGUCGCUGAGGAACGAGACUGAGCGGGCCGAUCGGCUGGAGGCCGAGCUGCAGGCUUCUGCUGCCAGAAUUAGAGAGCUGGAGGAGAGGAAGAGUAAUGAAGACGAAUCCACUCAGACGACCCAGCCAGAGACCAAGGAGGAUUCUGGGUCGGAGGAGAAGACUGCAUCUGAGGUAGAGAAUCUCAAGUCUCAGAUGAUGACACUUUUCAAAGAGCUGCAGCAUGCCCAGAGCAAGCUGGAUGAAGCGGAAGGCAUGAAGAGGAACCUGCAGGACAGACACCGGGAGGUGGAGCAGGACGUGACCACUCUGAAGGCUCAGCUGGUGGAGAAACAGGCGGUGCAGUCGGAGAACGACCGGCUGAAGCUGCAGCUGGACAGCAUGCAGGCCCAGAGCCAGCUGGAGCAGAAGAAGGCCGGGGAAGAGAGAAACACACUGGCCCAGCUGAAGGAAGCCUACACCAAAUUGUUUGAAGACUACAAUGAGCUCAAAGAAGAGAAGAAGAAGAGAGAGUCUCAGAUGGUGAGGAAGGAGACGCUGGACGAGCUGCAGCACCGGAUGACCGCCGCCGAAGAAGCCCUGGCUGCGAAACAGAGCAAGAUUGAUGACAUGAAGCAGGAGAUCUUCCAUAAGGAGAAGGAGCUGGAGACCAUAUCUGUGUUCCAGGCCCAGGCGGAGGUGUACUCCUCGGACUUCUAUGCCGAGCGGGCGGCGAGGGAGAAACUCCAUGAGGAGAAGGAGCGUCUGGCUACUCAGCUGGAGUUUGUGAAGAAGCAGAACUCCCAGCUGCAGGAGGAGAUGGAGUCACUGGGCCGGCAGUCGCUGAACGAGAUGCAGAGGAGACACCUGUCGCUGGGAGGAAAUCCAUGCGGAGCUGGUGCAUCUGUGGUUGGAAGAGGUACUGACUGGCAGCAUCAGGAAAACAUUCCCGAACACGUCUGUCCCAAGUGCAACGAGAUCCUGCCAGACCUGGACUCCCUCCAGAUCCACAUCAUGGACUGCAUCAACUAGACCUCCACGACGACAGCAGCAACCUUAGCACCUUGAUCUUGCGAGUCUUCCUCUGCUGUCACCUGUACCUCUUCUCCGAACUCCGUGACAGCGCCCCACAUAUGCACUACAAGAUCAGCAAUACUCACUAUAGGAUGGGAACACUCUGCUUUUGUCUACUUUACUGUCUGUAAAUUGGGGUAAAAAGUAAAAGAGUAUUAAUCUCUUAUUUUUUUGUCUAUUUUUAAAAUUGCUCAAAAACAUUUGGAAUGGUAGAGAAAUAACACUGUACAUCCACUUGUAGGUUCCUGGUCUUUGCCAUUUGGCUCAGUGACUUAGCAAACAAGCUGAAGAUAAAAUUCUUUGAGUCAAAACAAAUCUGGAGCAUCAUAACAGAAACCACACUAAACACUUUGACAAGGAUUUCAGUUCGGUGCUGUGAGCAUGCCAAGCACUCGUUAACUAAUCAACCAAAGUCAAGCCUUUAAAAGUUGUAUUUGUUUACCAAAUUGGUUGCUGGGAGAUAUUUCUUUUCUUUUUUUUCCCUGAAGGUUUUCUCGUCAAAUUAAAAUCAAUUAUUUUUAUAUUUUUUUCCUUGGAAGGGAUAUUUUAGCUGGGUUUUUGGUGUUGAUGUAAAAAGAAUGGAGCAUGCACCAAGACAUUUUAAUAUGAAGAUAUAAGAUAUAUUUUGUUUUCAAUCUGUAGAAAUAUCUGCCAGUUUCAACCAACUAUAUUUAACCUGUUGAUCAGCCUAUGAAUUUAAGCAUUAUGAUUUUUCCAGGAUGCUCCAGCACCCUGAUGAAUCUGUGAUCUGUAGAUUGUAAAGGACUGCUGGUUCCAUGUUGUAAUUCUGUGAAUAAGAAUAAAAUUAUUUCCAAA